AUGUCUGUUUCGAUGCUGCCUUUGCAAAGCAGCAUUAGCGCUGACGAUGCCCUCCCUGAAAACUCAAUCAACUUCUGCAAGUUUGUGGGGCCGAAUCGACAGCCAAGAGGGUGUGUUUUCUCCCCACACCCGCGGCGGCAAAGUGACAAAGUAUUGAAGGCGCCGUCUGGCCGCUGGAAUACCACCACGAAUGCUGUAUUUAUUGUUGUCAGUUCAUCGCCUCGAUGUAAUUUAGUGGCACGCUUUUUCUGCUCAAAGCUCUUGCACUACCUCCGGUGGUGUGGUGAAAGCGUUAUGUUCUUUUUGGGCGGCCAAACAGAACGUGAUGUGGAGGUUCAACGCUUUGAAGACGACUCUGUUGCGUGGGAGAAAUAUGUGGGGGAGUGCGUGGAAAAGUCACUCGAGUAUAUUGCGUCUGACCCACCACUUGGUUUCGCAGAGGUCCCAGUGGUUAUCCUUCGGGUCGACUGUGAAACAACGGAGGCGUAUGGCAAGCUAAACGACAUGCUGGAGCCAAAGGGGAACUUCUUGAUCCGUCAUAUUUGGUUUGAUGAGGACUGGAGGGAAAGCAGCCGAUUGGGUACUGGCUACAUUGAUGUAUGUCUAAAGCGGCCGGCUCUCCGAGUGACGCGGUGCCGUCGGAGUAUCAUUUGUUCAAAGGCAACAAGCUACCUCAAUAACUGCCUCCCUGCCCUUCAGCGCGUUUACCUUCACGAACCGUUAGUGGGAUCUGUAGAGGACACAAUGAAGUCCUUCUGUCCUGUUUUCUUCACGCGUCAUGGAGAGUCAGAGUAUAACUUACAGGAUCGCCUUGGUGGCGACCCUGACCUUACGGCUUCUGGUAGAGAUGAUGCUUUGGCGAUUGCCGAGUUCUUCCGUCGACAGGUUGUGCAUAACAAACAUUUGUUUGCUGCACGGAAUACUAAAUUUGACGAGGAAGAGGGAUUUGAGGUAUGGUGCAGCCAGUUAAAACGUACUGUGCAUACUGCUGGCCCCUCUGCUUCUGUUCUCACGCGUGGUGAACUCAGGAUGUUCAAAACACUUAAUGAGAUUCACGCUGGAGUAUGCGAGGACAUGACAAACGAAGAGAUUAAGUCAUUGUACCCCUCCAUUCAAUUUUUUCGCCAUACCGAUAAGGUAGGGUUCCGUUACCCGAAUGGAGAGUCGUACCGCGAUCUUAUGCGGCGUCUGGAACCGCUUCUAUUAGAUCUUCAUGUUGCACGCAAAUGUGUCUUGGUUGUGGCGCAUCAGGCUGUGUUGCGGACGGUGCUCUCAUUCUUUGACGGCCCAUCUGUAGAGGAGGCUGUUCACAAGCCAUGUCCACACCGCACUAUUUGGUGCUGCACAUACAACCGAUUAGGGGAGCCUCGUUUAACGACCGUUACUCUUGGGCCACGUAAAAACACUUGUGUUGUUGAGGAUGCCAAAUGGAGUGGGUGGUGA